CGUCAUUGCGCGCGACUGUUUUGGCGUGUUGGAGACGGAGAAGAUUCUGGAAGCUGUGGAAGAUCCCCGAGCUCUCCAGGGACCGAAAGACUUCACGCAAGGACAGUUGAUCUAAGGCAAACAUGGUGAAGGAAACUGCUUUUUACGACACUCUGGGCGUGAAGCCCUCCGCUACUCCCGAUGAGCUGAAAAGAGCCUAUCGCAAACUUGCCUUAAAAUACCACCCUGACAAAAACCCGACCGAAGGAGAGAAAUUCAAGCAGAUCUCGCAGGCCUAUGAGGUGCUGUCAGACGCUAAGAAAAGAGAGGUGUACGACCGCGGAGGCGAAAAGGCCAUAAAGGAAGGAGGGACCGGCGGAGGCGGUGGGAGCUUUGCGUCACCCAUGGACAUCUUUGACCUGUUUUUCGGUGGAGGCAGCCGGAUGCACAGAGAGCGCAAAGGAAAGAAUAUUGUUCAUCAGAUUUCAGUCUCACUGGAUGAGCUUUAUAACGGAGCAACAAGAAAACUUUCUGUCCAGAAGAACGCCAUUUGUGAACGAUGUGAAGGUCACGGGAGUCGUAAAGGAGCCGCGCAGAUGUGCAUGUCGUGCCACGGCACAGGAGUCCAGAUCCGCGUUCACCAGUUAGUCCUGGGAAUGGUGCAGCAGGUGUCCACGGUGUGCCAGGGCUGCCAGGGGCAGGGCCAGAGAAUCAGCCACAAGGACCGCUGCAAGGCGUGUGCCGGCCGCAAGAUCCUGCGACAGAAGAAAAUCCUAGAGGUGCACAUCGACAAAGGAAUGAGAGAUGGCCAGAAGAUUGUCUUCCAUGGAGAGGGAGACCAGGAGCCGGGACUGGAACCAGGCGACAUCGUCAUUGUUCUGGACAUGCGAGAACACCCACUUUUCACCAGGAAGGGACAGGACCUCAUCAUGUCCAUGGAGUUGCAGCUCGUUGAAGCUUUGUGUGGCUUCAAAAAACCCGUCACAACACUGGACAACAGAACUCUUCUCAUCACAUCCCAUCCAGGUGAAUUGAUCAAACCUGGAGACACUAAGUGUGUCCUGAAUGAAGGGAUGCCCACGUAUCGCAGGCCGUUCGAAAAAGGACGCCUCAUCAUUCACUUUUCAGUGGUGUUCCCAAAAGCCAACUUCCUCCCCAAGAACAAGCUGAAAGAGCUGGAGCGCUACCUCCCCGAAAAGCUGAACGCAGAGCAGGCGGAGAGUAUGGACGACGACCUCUACAUCUACGCCGACCUGGAGGACUGCGACCUGGAGAGGAGGCGGAGGCGCAGGCCUCAGUAUUACUGCGUGGAUGAAGACGACUACGCCAGUGCCGGCGACGUUCAGUGCCAGACGUCAUAAACCACAGCCCACUACUGCUUGUACCAGAGACCCAAGUCUUCAUCUCUAAUACGAAGCACCUUUUUGUUCCCUCUGUGUGUGCAUUUUAAAUUUUGUGCACUUUUGUUUUUCUUUUUAUGUCACAUUCCUUAAAAUGAUUUCGUUUCUUUAAAGUCAAGCUCAGUUCUAACUGUGCCUCGGCCCUGGUUAGAUAUUCUCCAGAUGGAAGUGUGUUCAAGUUCCAGGGCUUGAAGUCAGAUCCUGCUGAAUUGGAUUCCUUGUCAUCUCCAGCACCUUAUUUUGAUCUGCUAAUUUUUUUUUAUUUUUUUUUUUUUUUUUUUCUUAUAUCCAUUUCCACUGUGAGUAGAGAUCAGGGCUGGUUUCACUGAGGGUGAAAAAUGUUAGUCUAAUCCCUGACUGCCAGCGUAAUGCCAACAAUGACUGAGUCAAGGUACCUUUUUUUUUCUUUUUCUUUUUUUUUUCCCAAAAUAGUCUUGUGAACCACUUUUUCAUUGGUCAAGGGUGGCGUUACGUGAACCGUGAGCGACGGCAUUCAAGCCAUUUGACCCUUUGGCAGGGAAAGCGUUUGGGUUCAUUCCACUAAACAGCAGAAUUAUUCCAACUAAUAUUUAAGCUUCACGUUUACUGCAGUCCUUGGUGUGUGGAAACGCCGGGUGUCAUGUCACAUGGACAGAUGAGCAUCUUCCAUUUUGGCAUGAUUUGUGUCUCACAUCCCUGCUGGGAAUGUUUUAUUAUUGGAGUCAACGUGGGGUAAAAUGCCCUGCAUAAGGAAGUCUUAAUUAUUGGCAACACACCGGGGCUGAUUAAGUGUGACGCUGUUCUGCCUUGUGAUGUUUUAAGUUGAAAAUAUCCUCCUGGCCUAUGAAGUGCAAUGUUGCACCUAUUUUCAGUGAAGAGAAUCGGUUGUAGAUGGUUUUUGAAUUCAUUGUAGUCAAGUAAUUUUAAAAUCAGUACAACUUUAGGGGUUUUUCCUUUUAAGAACCUUUUUUUUUUUUCAUUUUGUUGUAUUACACUGUUGUUGGCAAUCAAUAAGUGUCUACUUUUCAUAUUUGUCCCUUCAAAUGCCAAAUGGGCUGUAGGGGUGAAGAUCAGCAAACUUCAUACCUCAUUGAAGUGUCUGCCUGUUUUCAAGGUCUUACCAUGACUUGAAGUGACUUUUUAAUGCAGUUUUGAUUUUAAUUUCUUGUUGUUGCCUUUGAUAAUGCAGAAUUUAACCACGCUCACGUCGGAGGAGUUAAAGAGACAGUUCUUGUGAAAUGAUGCAAAUAUUUAAGUCUUAAUGACAUCAGGGGAAUCCAGUGCAAAAUUCACCUAUAAUACUUGUCAUUGAGGUCUUAAUUUAACUUUAUCUGUGUCAGGACCAAGGAUCUACCUGUUUGUGGUCAUGUUUUCUAAUUAAAUGUUAUUUCAAAUUUUGAA